UGUAAUUGCAACAUGUUAGGUUCUACUUACUAUGUGUUAUAUUCUGCUCCCACCUCUCUCUGCUUCCAAUUACAAACGUACACCUGUCACUGCUUCAAAUCAGAAACCGAUAGCAGAUGACCACCGAUCUAUAUUGUUCUCUGGCGUACAACUUCUCCAUCCUUCCAUCGUUCACUUCAUCUUCCCUCUAUUUUUCAUUUGGACCGAUAAUAACCUUCUUCAAUUUCGACCAUAGCGACACCGCCCAACCCGAUUCUGCAUAAAUCCAUUUAUGUUCACCAACAAAUCAAAGACGAAAGCAACCUCAAUAGCCAAGUUUAGUUUAAGAAAACCUUAUCCCACCUAGCAACCUUAAGUUCUGAACUUCUACUUCGUGUUUUCUUUACCAUCAUUUUGGUUACAUGAAAACCCUAAAACCCCCUUCUUGAUGUCGUCUUAUUCAUAUUGCAAACUUUACACGUGAUCGAUAAACACACACCUAAUUAGGUUGUGUUUCUUUGGUGAUGUAUGUUAACAAGAAUAUUUUGGGGUUUCGACAUUUCGACCGUAUCAGAAGGAGACAACUUUCACAAUCCUUCGACAUAUACAAGGUAAAUUAAUCCAUCUUUUCCCGAUUUUUACCUACAGUAUGAUCGAUUAUUGGUUCUUUGGUCCUAAUCAGCAACAAAUGGCACUCACAAUAAAGGCAGUGAAAGUAGAAGUAACUAUUUACAUUGGUUAAUAACGUGCGGUAGCGUCCCUAAAAGGGAAGGAUUAUGGGAAACGAAGAUGAAAUUUCCAGAGGGUAUAAACAUGUAGUCACCAUAUUCUGAAUUUUUUUUUUCAUUUUUAUAUCUUUGUUUUAUUUUGAUGAUCUACUUUGUGUUUACUGAUUUUUUGUCACCAAAGAUUACAACACUUAAGGACUUGGUUGUAGUCGUUCAAGUAUAAGGGGAUGUCAUGGAAGAAUAAGUUUGCCAUUCCUACCCUUUCAAUCUAAAAUCAUGUCUUCUUUUCGUUUUAUAAUGAUAGUGAAUCAAGUUGUUUAUUAUGAUGCUAUCAACUGAUAACAAGGAAUGUUUUUUAGUAAAAUUUAUUAUCAUUGUAAAUGUACUUUAAAGGUUCAAUAAAUCUCUUAACUCAUUAGUAUCAUACAUCUUUUCCUUCUGUUGGUGCUAUUUUCAUAUUUUGGUGGGUUAAAAAGGUAUUAAAUCAAAGAGGGAUUGGAUUGUUUUUUGUUUGUUAAUAAUUGAAGAACAUUUGUAAAGUACUCUUGAUGAGGAUUGAAGGCCCUGUCGGUGUAAGUUUUAUUUUCUAACUUGAAGGGUAUUUUUGGAAACAUUUACACAAAAAUAUCGAAUAUUUGAAAAUUCUAUUUGUAUUGUUCCUAUUUCAGGUGGUUUAACUUUUUAAAACCCCUUUUGUGAAUCUUAUAAAUUUCUAACUUGAAGGGUAUUUUUGGAAACAUUUACACAAGCCAAUGUUUUGCUUCUAGAAAAAAUUAACUUCUUCUUGAGUUUGGACUUUGUCAGGCCCAGGUUUUAAACAUUUUUUAUAAUUAUUAACAGAUUUCAUGGGCUAUAAUUUAUAAAAAAAAUAAUAAAAUCUUUUUUUAAUUGAUUUGUAGGGCCCAGUUGGUGGUGUAAGGGCAUCAAGGUAUUGCUACAUGGGGGAUUUGAGGCAACAAGAUGAUCUUUUAAAAAAAUUAUAUUCUAAUUUGUAUUGUUAUUUAUAGAAAAUAAACUAUGAUUUAUCAUGAUUAUAAAUUAAAACAGUUAGUUGUUAUUUACCAGAAUAUCUAUAGACAAUGGUAAAAUGGUCAUUUAUCCUUCACGGUUGGCGUCAUAUAUAAUAUAACAUUUUUUAUUUUUUAUUGAGUUUUUGAUUUUUAAUAUUUUCAUGUGACUUAUCAUAGUUUAACUUGUUAAUAUCUAGGGACCUGAUAAGAUUAUAGAAAACUCUCUUGAAACUCAAGACGGGUUAAAAGUAUGCAAAGACUUUGUGAGUCUCACACACACAUGGUUGACCAAAUCAAAGGUAUAUAGUUGAUAGAUCCAAAAAGUGAUUUUUAUUACUUUACCAUAUUGAUUCUUCACCAGUUAACUAUUACAUUUAACUCUGAUCACAUUAUUUGGAACUUUUGAAGGUUAUGGAUUCACUUAGGUAUUGUGUAUGCCCUCACUGGAUUUGUCUGCUAUCUUCUUUAUGAUGUAAGCAUUCUUUAAUUUGACGAAUAGAUAAUUAUAAUUUGUUUGGUUGUGUGAAAUAGGAUGAUGAAGGAGUGGAAUGGAAUAACCUGGGUAAUGAAAUAAGUCAUUACAUUCUGUCACACCCUGAAAACGAUGGCGGAAACGUUCCGGGGCGGAGGACGUCAUUUAGUAUCGCAACCAAUGUACAUAGUAAGCGUAGUAAACACAACCAUUACAUUACAUAGAAAUUUUUACAUUGUUUGAAAACAAAGUGCUACAAGUGUUAUACAUAUAUAUCAUAUGAAAAAAAAGUUAAGACGAGUCUUGUAUACGUUCCGACUUCUCCAAAAGAUCGCUGUGUACCUGUCUAAUGUGAACCUGAGAAUACAAGCAGUUUGAAAAUCAACAUAAAGCUGGUGAGUUCAUAAGCGGUUUAUUUUCGUAAGAGGACAAGUUUCCUUUGGUUUUUCUGAAAAAAAGUCGUUAUCCAAGAAAAUCCCAUAUUUUCUUAAAAGCAAAGUUUAGUUAUUCGUUUGUUACACAGUCAAGUUAAGUUUGGUUAUCCGAUUGUUACACAAUCAAGUUAGGAAUAGUUUGUAAUCCAAGAAAAUCCCAUAUUUUCUUAUAUGUAAGUUUAGUUAUUCGUUUAUUCUACAGUUUGGUUAUGAACAGUUUGUAAUUUUAGGAAAAACCCUUAUUUUCCUAAAAGUCGUGGUUCGUUUCUUGGUUCGGAAUGCAAUGUAUUAGUAUCUAUCAUACUUGUAGUAUUAGAUAAGUAUUCUAAGGCCUGGUUAUCCUAUACACGAAUGUCAAAUAUCUACAAUACUUAUUCAAAAUUUCGAAUCUUUGGAGACACUCAGAGACGUACACUAGUUGUAUAUUCGAAGUUCUGGUGACAUCCAAAGACGUGUUUUAGACGUAUUUCCAAAGCUCUGUCGACAUCCAAAGGCAUAUGUUUUCGAAACUCUGUCGAUAUCCAAAGGCGUACUUUCGAAUUAUUUCCGAAACUCUGGUGACACUCAAGGUGUACACUAGUUGUGUUUCCGAAGUCUUGGUGCCAUCCAAAGGCAUGCCCUAGCUGUACUUUCGAAGUUCUGGUACUAUCCAGAGGCGUAUUUUAUUAGUAGUAACCUUAGUUUAAUGAUUACAUGAAUCUUUCGUAAAAUUAUAGAAUGAAACAUAGAUUAUAACAUUUUAUAACGAAAUCUACAAUUAGUUUGAAAGCUAACCCUACGAGUCAAAUUGUUGGUUAAUACGGUUUUCGAUAUUAAAAGCAUACAGAAUAUGAACAUUUGAACUAAAAUAGUAAGUUUGAGUACAAGAUUUCCUUGUAAUUUUGCUUGUAUUCCCCCUGAAAACAUUUGAAAAACACUGAAAAAGGAGUAGUGGUAUGAACUCACCAAUCGAGAAAUGUAUCGAUUGGAUGCUAAGUGUUAGUUCGGGGUUUGAGAACACGCGAGGUUCCUAUGUAAUAUGAAGAGAUACAAAUUUGUAUCUAAUUAGACCCUGAACUACUAAUCAAAUAUGAAUAAACACUUCGACACGCGAAAACACUUCAAUACAAGUGUUUGGAGUGACCCGGGUAGCAUCUAAGGGUGUGUAUGGCUUGAAUAUGGAGUUUUCUCUUCAAGAGUAAACUCCUAAUGGAGGUUUCGGCCUAAUGAACAACUCUCAAUGAGUUUACGGCCGUAAACUCAUGGUGGGGGUGUUCUUGGGUGCCUAAUGGUCUUACAACUCUUGUGGGGUAAUGCUAGGCUUGGUUUUAAGGCAUUAGAGUGGAACUUGAAUAACAUAAGGACCAUUUGAGAAUUUUAUGGCACUAAAAUAGGAUUUUAUGGCCGUAAACUCUUAUGUACCCAUUCAAAGUGUGUUUUGGUGGUCCUAGGUGAAUCACAAGUGUUUCUAGCUCAAUAUACAAGUCAGAGGAUGAAGUUAAGGCACCAUUUGACCCAUGUAUAGGAGUUUACGGCCUAGGAAGCCAUCCUUGGGGGGUUUAAGGCUGUGAACUCCUAACGGGGUAGUUUUCUUGAUGAUUAAGGUUGCUAACAUACUUGUGGAUGGUUCUAGAAAUUAUUCCAAGGCUUAGGAGGUGCUUAAGGGGCAUCUUCACACCUUAGAAGGUGUUUACGGCCUAUGAAAGGGUGUUUACGGCCCAAGCAUGUUCUUGGGCAGUAAAAUCAUGUUUACCAUUCAAAUGUUAUGGUUUUGGUGAUCAAGUCUAGUCUUGAAAGUACCUAAGUCAUAUCUAAGCUCUAAAGGUGGUUUGGUAGGGUUUUACGGCUCAAAAACCCCAUUUGUAUGUGUUUGCGGCCUAAGGCUGUUCCAGGGCCAUAAACACAUGAUUAUGCUCCUAUUUCAUAAUCUAAAUACGAAUUUGAAGCCUAAAGAUGUUAAUCUAUGAGCUAGGAUAGUUAUCUUACCAAUUUGGAGCUUGAAUUGGAUGGUUUUUGGAUCAAGAACUUGGAUUUAAGGAGAGAGAGUAGAGAGAGAGAGAGAGUGAAAAAGCUUCAAAUGAGGCUCACUCAACUUUAAAAAUGGUUUGAGUUUGAGGCUCGAUGGAAAUCUACCCGAUACUGAUGUUAGAUUGGGCUUUUGGUCGUACCCGAUUUAAUUGUUUAUAACCCGACGAAAUAAAACUAAAAUUUUUCCAAAUCAUAAUUUGGGGCGUUUUCAUGUGUUUCUAACGGGUUUGGAUACUUAUGAGAUCAUAAUAAAAGUCUUAAAUUAAAUGACUUAAUCCAAUAAUGAAAUCGGAACAAUUUGCUGAAGACGAGUUUUAUGGACGGAAACGAGUUACGGCAAUAAAACAAACUUCGGGUUGUCACACAUUCUAUGAUCAUGUUUGGUUAGUCUGUAUGAAAUGAUGGGAUCUGAAUUUUAAUAUCAUCCAUAAGUGGACAUUGUUGUUUUAGAAGAUUACAUCUUAACUUAUUAAGCUGAAGUCUACAUGAUACUGCCUUUCUGAUUUGCAUUUCACCUUUUUAAUAUAACCCUAAAUACUCUAAAGAAAAUGAGUGUUUAAAGGUUUAUCUACUUUCCAUUUUUUUAUUUAUAGUUAUAUGCAGACAAGUGGUGACAGAUUCAAUAAGAUUUAUUUUUUGUGUAGGGAGCUUAAAUGAAAGCAAUGGAUGUGCUCAACACAUUGGUAUUAUCAACAAGAUAAGACAUUAUACUUUUCUUUAAAUUUACUUGAGCAUUUUCAUAGGUAUAGCAUUGUAUUUUUAGAAAUACCAUGUAUAUCAUAUAGAGCAUUGUAAUUUGAUUCUUUGUUAAAUUACAAACAUGUAACACUAAAUUUUGUUAUAGCAACAUGAAAAAAAUUA